AUGGACAAUCCAGUCGUUCAGUCAUCCUCACCACUAUUGCGCUUGCCAUACGAGCUUCGAUUGAUGAUCUAUGAACAUCUCCUUCUACCUUCCACCGUACCAUCGACGUCCAGUUCCACGUCAGUGACGAAUCUCCUUCCGGAUUACCAUACAUACUAUUCAAACGACACAAACGACGAUCCGUUCACCCUAUCCGUCCGAACAAUCGACCCGUACCUCUCCUACAGCUCCAGCAGCUGGAGAAAGCGUUCCCUCUACCACAUUCGCACAGGACCCUUCCUAACCAGCACGACCCCAACAACCUACCGCAUCCUCCUCUCCCCCUACACCGCACACCUCCGCCAAACAAUCCCCUCCCUCCUCCCGCUGAACCGCCAAAUCCACGCCGAAGCCACCGCCCUCCUAUACAGCACCUACAAGUUCAACUUUCACACGUGCAUCGAAGCCACCGUGCCCUUCUUCUCGGACCUCACAAUCCCGGCGCGCAGCAGCCUCCGCAGCAUCGCGGUCACGAAAAAGGGCCUCCCUUACACCAAGGAAUUCGACCGCGCCGAGUGGGCGGCGCUGUGUAAAUACCUGAGCAACACCGAAUCUACGAUUUCGCUGCGGCGUCUGGAUCUCGCGGUCGUUGCGGGCCGGCCAGGGGAGAAUGGGUGGGAGAAUGUGGUUCCGAUUUCCAAGGAUGCGUUUGGAAUUAUGGCGAGGAUGAAUAGGGAAUGGGGGGCUGGAAGGAAUGUUGAGUUGGAUUGGGUGGAGCAGUUGUUUGAGGUUAAAGGUUUGGAGGAGGUUACUGUUAGGGCGCUUGUGGAGCAUUGUCCUGCGCCGUUUGUGAGUGAGAUGAUGGCUUUCUGGAUUGCGCUGAGUGCGAGUGUUGAGGGUGGGUUUAGGGAGUGGGUUACCGAGUCUUUGGUCGCAGGAUAGAAGUG